UUCAACUAAUCAUCAAUCGGUAUAUAAAUCAUUGCGAGAUCUGUGAGUAUAUAAGCGAAAAUCGAUACUACUAUAUGCUUUUAUCCUCAGAACGAAAAGAUGGCUAUCAGUUACUGGGCUCUUUCUGUUCUUGUUAGUGUCUACCUAUCUACUUCAAGUGUGAAUUGCAGCCCUGUUGCUGGAUCUUUGGAUGAGAGUCUUCGAAAUGAUUUAACCAUCUCAACAUCAACUGGUAUUGUUAGAGGAGGCCACGGAGGACAGACACCGAAAAAGAGAAAUAUUUUCAGAUUCAGGAGUAUUCCCUAUGCAGAACCACCUUUGGGAAAUUUACGAUUCGAGCCGCCUGUACCAAAAGCUGCCUGGUCUGGAGUUCUCGAUGUUAGAUACACUAAACCAGUAUGCACCCAAGGAAGUAAUCCUGUUAUAGGAAGUGAAGAUUGUUUAUAUCUGAAAAUAUACACAACUAACUUACCAAAGGAAAAGAAGAACUUACCAGUGAUGGUUUGGAUUUACGGAGGUGCAUACCAGAAAGGAUCUCCAGUUUUUGGAGAUCACAGCCCUGAUCUUUUAUUAGACGAAGGUAUUAUUCUAGUUUCAUUUCAUUAUAGGUUGGGAAUAUUUGGAUUUUUGUCUACGGGUGACCUGAUUUCUCCUGGAAACGCUGGACUGAAGGAUCAAGUUUUGGCACUGAAGUGGAUCAAGAAAAAUAUAGCUAAAUUUGGAGGCGAUCCUAACAAAAUAACUAUUUUUGGACAAAGUGCAGGAGCGGCAUCAAUUGCUUACUUGCUACAAACAAAUAUCACUCAAGGGCUCUUCAAUGCCGCUAUUAUGCAUUCCGGCCAUUCACUUAGUCAAUGGGCUCUAACAAGAAAUGCUCCCACUUUAACGAAAAAUAUUGCCAAAGUUUUGAAAACUUCAACUUCUUCAUCUGAAAAAAUGAUAGAAGGGCUCAAAAAAAUCAAUUCCACAAUUCUACAACAAGAAGCAACAGCAAAAUUUUCAGACUCAUUGAGAGAUAAUCCUUUGGGGGGUUUACCCCUUGGGCCAGUCAUAGAACCAGAGCAUCAAGGAGCUAUCAUUACUGGCAAUAGCUACGAAAAGUUAAAGAAGGGUCAGUUUCAUCACAUACCUAUUAUCAUUGGGCAUACAUCGAGGGAGGCACUGUUAGAAAGUUUGUCUGGUAUUAUCAGACUUUGGCUGUUUACUUUUGAUAUUCAGCCUUCGAAGUUAGUUCCUGCGAGCAUGAAUACAAAAGGACAAACAAAUAAUCAAAUUGGAAGAUCGAUCAAGAAACAUUACUUUCCUACAACAUCAGUCGCAAGGUCAAAUGGAGAGUUAAUGGACUUCAUUUCCGAUGAUCAGUGGCAAAGACCAAUUCAGGAGAGUGUCAGAUUAUAUUCUGCCAGAACACCAGUCUUCUACUACCAAUUUUCACACAUUGGUUCACUCUAUGGAAUAACUGAAAGAAAAAUCCAAGGAGUUGGACAUACUGAAGACUUGGCCUAUAUUUUCGAUUUUGGGCAUUCUGGUUCAUCUGACGAUCUUUUAGUACGAUCUCGUAUGGUGAAAAUGUGGACCAAUUUCGCUAAAACAGGAAAUCCAACACCUGUUGUAGAUCCUCUUCUUCAGAAUAUAUCAUGGACAGCAAAUAAUAGCCAAAAUAGUGAUGUUAAUCGACUAGAAAUUUCCAAUAAUUUGACAUGUACAUUCAAUCCGAAUGCUAAAAAUAUUAAUUUCUGGCGAGACCUAUUUGCUAAAAAUGGAAUUUCUCCCUUUAGUACUUAUUGAGAAGUACCUUUGUAUCUUUUAUUUGUUUGAUUUUUUUUAACUCGCAUAGGAGUCUAAUUAAAUAUUUCACCAACA